UACUAGUACUAGUAAUAAUUGGACAGUGUCACUUCCAUUUUCCAAACUCGAAACAGACGGAAGCACACACGUCCUCCUCUCAUUUUCCCUCCCAUCUUUAGCUUUACUAAGAAGAAAACGUAAGAAAUGGUGGCGUUCAAGGUUACUCGCGUCGGGACGACGCCGUUUGAUGGCCAGAAACCUGGAACUUCUGGUCUCCGGAAGAAGGUGAAGGUGUUCACACAACCUCAUUACUUGCAAAACUUUGUUCAGGCAACAUUCAAUGCCCUUGGAUCUGACAAAGUCAAAGGUGCCACACUUGUUAUUUCUGGUGAUGGCCGCUACUUCUCCAAGGAUGCUAUCCAGGUCAUUACAAAAAUGGCUGCAGCAAAUGGAGUAAGACGUGUUUGGGUCGGUCAACAUGGACUUAUGUCCACUCCUGCUGUAUCAGCUGUUGUUCGCGAUAGAGUCGGGGCUGAUGGGUCCAAAGCUAAUGGGGCAUUUAUAUUGACAGCAAGUCACAACCCAGGUGGCCCUCACGAGGAUUUUGGAGUUAAGUACAACAUGGAAAAUGGUGGACCUGCGCCAGAAGGUGUUACUAAUAAGAUCUAUGAGAACACUACGACAAUAAAGGAGUAUUUGAUCGCAGAGGGCCUGCCUGAUGUGGACAUCUCUAAAACUGGCGUUUCAAGCUUUGAGGGUNUCGGAUGUAUGUCAAAUAUGUUCAUGUCAAGUUCAAACGAUAAUUUCGCUUCUAUUUCCAGGUCAAUAUUUGACUUCCUAUCAAUCCAGAAGUUGCUCUCUUCUCCAAAAUUUGGUUUCUGUUAUGACGCACUUCAUGGUGUUGCUGGAUAUUAUGCUAAACGCAUCUUCGUGGAGGAGCUUGGUGGAAAAGAAAGCUCUCUACUGAACUGUGUUCCUAAGGAGGACUUUGGUGGAGGACAUCCAGAUCCUAAUCUGACCUAUGCAAAGGAGUUAGUUGCGCGAAUGGGAUUGUCUAAAUCACUUUCUGAACCCAAUCCACCAGAAUUUGGGGCAGCUGCUGAUGGAGAUGCAGACCGUAACAUGAUUCUUGGGAAAAGAUUCUUCGUGACUCCGUCUGAUUCUGUUGCUAUCAUAGCUGCCAAUGCUGUUGAAGCCAUACCUUAUUUUUCUGGAGGUUUAAAAGGAGUUGCCAGGAGUAUGCCCACAUCGGCUGCCCUAGAUGUUGUAGCUAAAAGUCUGAACCUGAAAUUUUAUGAGGUACCCACUGGUUGGAAAUUUUUUGGUAACUUGAUGGAUGCUGGAAUGUGUUCAAUUUGUGGAGAAGAAAGUUUUGGAACUGGCUCAGACCAUAUUCGAGAGAAAGAUGGGAUAUGGGCAGUUUUGGCUUGGCUCUCUAUUCUUGCCGAUAAGAAUAAGGAUAACCUUGGGGGAGAAAAGCUUGUGAGUGUUGAAGACAUAGUUCGCCAACACUGGGCAACCUAUGGACGCCACUAUUACACUCGAUAUGAUUAUGAGAAUGUCGAUGCGGCUGGAGCAAAGGAGCUAAUGGCUCAUUUGGUCAAGCUGCAAUCGUCCCUCGAUGAAGUGAACAAGAUAAUAAAGGGAAUACAUUCAGAUGUUUCAAAUGUCGUUCAUGGUGAUGAAUUCGAGUACAAGGACCCAGUUGAUAGUUCCAUCUCAAAACAUCAGGGUAUCCGGUAUCUGUUUGAAGAUGGCUCACGAUUGGUUUUCCGUCUCUCUGGAACUGGCUCAGAAGGCGCUACCAUCCGUGUUUAUAUCGAGCAGUACGAGAAGGAUCCAUCUAAGAUCGGGAGAGAUUCUCAGGAAGCACUUGCUCCAUUGGUGGAGGUUGCUAUUAAGCUGUCAAAGAUGCAGGAAUUCACUGGCCGUUCUGCCCCAACUGUAAUAACAUAAAUACAUAUUGCCGCAUAUAAUCCUUUCUGUACUUUAGAAAUAGUGGUCCUAGUGUCCUCAUUCAAGGGCUGCUGGAAAAUGCACCAUAUUCAAUAGUCUUAAAAAAAAGAUGCAAUGUACCAGUUUUUUGUGUUCUGUAGUGAGUUAUUUUCAGAAUAGACAAGCAGCGAAUUUAUCUUAAUUUUCGAUGAUAAUGGUUCAAGUAAAUCUCAACAAUCAGUACGGGUUU